CCCCACCUCUCUGUCCUCUCCCUUGUCUGUUCUUCUCGAAGCUGGCGGCGCACACAUCGAUCUCUCCUGAUCUCCACCCCAGGUACAGGUACCCUAGUCAGUUUCCCCCACAUCUCUCCAGUUUCUCAGAUCUCGCCGUGCCGGCUUCAUCCCCGACCUCUCCCUUCUCCCCCUCAGCUUUACCCACAGUGCGCGGUGGGCCGCUCCCAGCCGACGCCUCCUCCUUCACUGGUCCGGCCCCUACCGCGCUCGCGUUGCUCCUCACCGGGUCUGCGGGAGACACCGACUCCAUCAUCCGCCUGCUCGUCGCCACUUCCCACCUGUCUACCUCGUCCUCAUCCUCGACCGCGCAGCCCCCGCAGGUGGGCUGUUUCUCGUCGGUCAAUAUGUCUCUUCUCGACAUUUAACCCAUUCCUCGUUAGUCAGCUGUAUAUAAACAAAGGCAAACCUCCCAUCUUGCCUUGCCAGUCUUACAUCCUAGCUACCUCAGCCCGACCCCAUAAUGGCGAAGCGCCGGAAGGUCACGUCCGCAAUUGUAGCUGAAGAAGAAACAGGGACACAUGUGAUCAAGAUCGAUGGGUACUCAAGAACCAAGAAGUUGCUCAAGACUGGCAAAUGCAAGGCAUCUAUCCCUUUCAUGGUCGGAGAUCAUAACUGGGUUGUGGAGUAUUACCCAAACGGUAACAAGUAUGCAGAUGGUUACGCGCCUGGGUUCAUAUCUGUUUAUCUGGUUCUUGAUUCCGCUGGUGCCAAAGAUGUGAAUGCAGAAUUCACCUUCAGUGUUCUUGACAAGGGUGGAGAACCAGUGCCUUCAUACAUCAAAUCUGUGUCACCACAUAUCUUCCCCAGCAAAGGUUCAGAUUGGGGUUUUGCUAAUUUCAUCAAGCAGAAGGAUUUGGAGAGAUCAGUUCAUCUAAGUGGCGACAGUUUCAGAAUCAGGUGCGAGGUCACUGUCGCGAAGAAGAUCCGCAGCGAAGAGACGCAUACAAUUCAGUAUGUUGUGGUUCCUCCAAGCAACUUGCAUCAGCAGCUCGGUGGCCUACUGAAUAGCAAGGAUGGGGCAGACGUGGUCUUUCGAGUCGGUGGAGAGAUAUUCUCGGCCCAUAGGUCCGUGCUCGCUGCUCGUUCACCAGUCUUCAAGGCGGAGCUCUUUGGUGCCAUGAGGGAGAAAUCUGGUGAGCCGAUCGAAAUUGAUGAUACAGAAGCUGAUGUGUUCAAGUCCUUGCUCCAUUUCAUCUACACGGACUCACUCCCUGAGAGCACUCAUCAAGAUGCAAUACAAGAUGAAGCUGUGAUAGCUAGCCAUCUACUUGUAGCGGCAGACAGAUACAACAUCGAGAGACUGAAGCUGAUAUGCGAAGAGAAGUUGUGCAAUCACAUUGACACCAAAAUGGUUGCCACGAGUUUGGCUUUGGCCGACCAGCAUAACUGCCAUGGACUCAAGGAGGCUUGCUUUGAGUUCCUCGCUUCUCCUUCCAAUUUGGAGGCAAUGAUCGCAAGUGAUGGUUACCAGCAUCUCAAAAGCAGUUGCCCGUCUGCUCUCAAAGAGCUCAUUGCUAGAUUCUUGCCUGUUGAGCUGAUAGCAGCCAAGGAUAUCAUCAGGUCAAUUUGAUUAGUACUUGUGUGUGUGGGUACUGAUGAUCAUAUCAUGUAUGAAGUAAACUUAUUAUCUUUUUAGUGUGUGCCCUCAAAGAGCUGACUGCCAGACUCUUGCCUAUUGAGCUAACAGCAGCCAAGGCUAUUCUUAGGGCAAUUUUAAUUAGUACUUGCAUGUUUGGGUACUACCGAUCAUAUCUCAAGUAAAUUUCGUGUAUAUUUUGCUAGUAUCAAUCUAUUCUAUAUAUGCAGGUA